GGUUUCCUUGGUAAUGACAAAAUUGUUAGUCAUGGUUUUCAAUCUGAGUUCUAAUUACCAAUAACAUAUACCAUUUUGAUUUUGGACUUCAGGGGAUACUUAGGGAUAAACAUGGUUGGGACACCAGCCACACCUUUAUGUAAGAUACAAAGGACCCCUUCAUGUACUCCAGGUGGUCCAAAAGUUAGCGAGGAGAAGAUAUUAGUUACUGUUCGUAUGAGGCCAUUGAACCGGAAAGAACAAGCCAUGUAUGAUCUCAUCGCUUGGGAUUGCAUAGACGACCAGAAGAUUGUUUUCAAGAAUCCAAACCAUGAACGGCCCACGAUCCCCUACACCUUUGAUAAAGUUUUUGAGCCUGCCUGUUCAACUCAAAAGGUUUAUGAAGAAGGAGCUAAGGAUGUUGCCUUAUCUGCUCUAACGGGAAUUAAUGCAACAAUCUUUGCAUAUGGCCAGACUGGUAGUGGUAAGACAUUCACCAUGAGAGGAAUAUCCGAAAAUGCAAUUAAGGACAUCUAUGAACACAUAAAAAAUAAUCAGGAGAGGGAUUUUGUUUUGAAAAUUUCUGCUUUGGAGAUCUACAAUGAGACUGUAGUAGACCUUUUGAAUCAUGAGUCUAGUUCCUUGCGGCUUUUGGAUGAUCCUGAGAAAGGGACCAUUGUGGAAAAGCUAGUUGAAGAAGUUGUUCAAGACAGCCAACAUUUAAGGCACUUAAUUGGCAUUUGUGAAGCUCAAAGGCAAGUGGGAGAAACUGCUUUAAAUGAUAAUAGCUCAAGAUCACAUCAGAUAAUCAGACUGACCAUCGAGAGCAGUCUUCGGGAAAAUUCAGGCCGUGUAAAGUCAUUCCUAGCAAGUUUGAAUCUUGUGGACCUUGCGGGAAGUGAACGUGCCUCUCAAACAAAUGCGGAUGGAAUAAGACUUAAGGAAGGCAGUCACAUUAACCGUAGUUUGUUGACACUUACAACAGUUAUCAGAAAGCUGAGUGGUGGAAAAAGGAGCAGUCACAUACCUUAUAGAGAUUCAAAACUUACUCGAAUAUUGCAGCAUUCACUUGGUGGAAAUGCUCGAACAGCAAUUAUAUGUACUAUCAGUCCCUCUUUGAGUCAUGUGGAGCAAACAAGGAAUACACUCUCAUUUGCAAGUAGUGCAAAGGAAGUUACCAACAAUGCCAAAGUGAACAUGGUUGUUUCAGACAAGAGACUGGUAAAGCAUUUGCAGAAGGAAGUGGCCAGACUUGAAGCUGAGUUACGAAGUCCAGACCCUUCUUCCUCCUCAUGCUUCAGGUCUCUGUUAAUGAAAAAGGAGCAGAAAAUUCAACAGAUGGAGAGAGAAAUGAAAGAGCUUAAGCGUCAAAGAGACCUCGCACAAUCCCAACUGGAACUAGAAAGAAAGGCACAUAAAGAGCAUAAGGGUUCGAACCAGUGUGGGCCUUCCUCUCAAACAGCCAGGUGUCUUUCCUUUCCAGUGGAAAAUGAAACAGUUUUAAAUAAACCUAUUUCAGAAACUCGACCUAGAAAUGCUGUUGGAAGACAGGCAAUGGUGAGACAGUCAGUUAAUUCAACAGAUCCAUCCAUGCUUGUGCAUGAAAUCCGGAAGCUUGAGCAACGGCAAAGGCAGCUUGGUGAGGAAGCAAAUCGAGCACUUGAAGUACUUCAUAAUGAGGUCGCUUCCCAUCGACUGGGGAGCAAAGAAACGGCUGAAAGCAUAAUGAGGCUGUUGUCUGAUAUUAAGGACAUACAAGCAGUUGGCUCUAUUCCUGAAGAUAUAGUCAUUGGAGAUAAAGCUAACCUGAAGGAAGAACUCACUCGAUUGAACUCUCAAGGGAGUGUGAUUGCUUCUUUAGAAAGGAAGCUUGAGAAUGUUCAGAAAUCUAUGGACAUUCUCGUUUCAUCUUUUCAGAACAGUGAGGAGAUUCUAGAGUCUAAGACCCCAGAGUUCAAGACUCAAUGCAAGAAGAAGAAAAUGCGUCCUUUCUCCUUGAAUAACAGUGCAAACAUGCAAAAUAUAAUACGGUCUCCGUGCUCGCCGCUAUCCUCUUCUCGGAAGAUAAUGGAACAUGAGACUGAGAAUAAGGCACCUGACAAUAACAAUAUGGUGCCUUGUAGCAAUACAUUGCCUCAGUCAUUUGUAGAUACCCCUAUCAAGGGUCAUGGGAAUAAUAACUCUAUCUCAUCAAGGGAGGGAACUCCAGUGCGGCAAGCAAAUUCUGUUGAUGUGAAGAAAGUGCAGAGGAUGUUCAAGAAUGCAGCUGAGGAAAACAUACGCAGCAUUAGAGCUUAUGUUACAGAGUUAAAAGAACGGGUGGCAAAGCUACAAUACCAGAAGCAGCUUCUUGUUUGCCAG